UUUUUAAAUGUGAAUUCGAUUUGACCGUUCAUAAUGUACAUGACCACGUGAAUUUUUCCUUUUUUUUCCAUUUUCAUCCAUUUUUUAGGAAAAAUCGCGAUGAAAAAAUCAAAUGUUUUUUGCUAAAACAUCAUUAUCGUUGGCGACGAAACAACAAAAUUGCAUUAUCACCAUGAUUUCAUCAUCAUCGAAAUCGACAUCGACAUCAAUAAGACGUUCGAAACGUAAAAAUGUUCAGAUUGAUUUUGCAGAUGAUCAUACUGAAAAAGAAAUAUUGGAAAAAAAAUCGAAACAGCCAUCGAUUGAAGAUAAUAGUAAUGAUUCGAUAAAAAUGCCUAAAAAUUGGCUACAAAUCUAUAAAAAUAUUGAAAAAAUGCGUUCAAAAACUAUUGCACCAGUCGAUACAAUGGGUUGUGAUCAAUGUUAUGAUACGGAUAUUAUUAUAUCGGAUAAACAAAAACGUUUUCAAAUCCUUGUUGCAUUAAUGUUAUCAAGUCAGACAAAAGAUCCGGUAACAUAUGCUGCAAUGAAUCGUCUUCGUCAACAUAAUUUAUCCAUUGAAUUUAUUGAUAAAAUUUCGUGUAAUGAAUUAAUGCAACUAAUUAAACCGGUUGGAUUUUAUCGUCGUAAAGCUGAAUAUCUAAAACAAACUGCAAAAAUAUUAAUGGAAAAAUAUGACAGUGAUAUACCCGAAACGAUUGAUGAAUUGAAAAAAUUACCUGGUGUUGGUCCAAAAAUGGCACAUUUAACAAUGAUUACUGGUUGGAAUCAAUUAACAGGUAUUGCUGUUGAUACACAUGUACAUCGUAUAUCAAAUCGUUUACAAUGGACAACCCGAACAAAACAACCAGAACAAACACGUAAACAAUUGGAAAAAUGGUUACCGAAAAAUUAUUGGAAUAAAAUUAAUCAUCUUUUUGUUGGUUUUGGUCAAACAAUUUGUCUGCCAAUUAAACCUAAAUGUAAUAUCUGUCUUAAUAAUCAUCUAUGUCCUUCAUCAUCAACAGAAUUUUGAUUCUGAAUUUGUACACAAAAAAAAUAAAAUAUUAAAAUUUCAUGCUUUUAACAUAUGUAAAAUGUAAAUUCUUUUUGUUUUCAG